CAUUAUCACUUCCCCGUGAGAAAAGCCAAUGUCCGAACUCCGAACACUCCUUGGUCGCUCCGCGAGGUUACAGUGACAUUGUACGGUUUGUACUAAAUCCGACGUCCAGGUUGACUUUCCGGCGAGUUAUCCGAUCGUAAUUAUCGAAAUGAGCGGCGAGUCAAGCACCGAGUCAUUUGAAAUCGGGCGGCGAGUCCACUCGCUCAACGAUCCGCGGCGAGUGGGCACGGUGAAGUACGUCGGAGGCGUGGAAGGGUACUCAGGGGCCUGGAUCGGCGUUGAUUGGGAUAAUGACGGCGAUGGGAAACACGACGGAACAUUUAACGGCGUUUUCUAUUUUAACGGCCGUUCGCAGACCUCUGCCUCCUUUGUUCGAUCCGAGAAGCUUAGCCGUGGAAUCAAUCUGCUUCAAGCGUUGGAGCUUAGAUACCAAACCACUUCGAGUAAAGACGAAGAAGAUGAAAUGUAUGUUCUGUCUGCGAAGAACAAUCGUGUUUCGAUUCAGCUUUUGGGAGGGGACAAGAUCCAGGAUAAGUUAAGUCGCCUUGACGAGCUUACUAGUGCUUCUCUUCCUUUUCUUGGUGUUAGCUCUCUUGGUGUUUCAUCUGAGUUGGGCUCAGUUUUACCCAAUUUGAAGCUUCUGGACUUGACUGGAAACUUGAUUUCUGACUGGGAGGAAAUUUGUGCUCUCUGUGAAAAGUUACCAGCACUUACCACGCUUAAUUUGUCUUACAACUCUUUGUCAAGUGAGGUUAACUCUCUGCCGCAGUUGAAAAACAUCCGUGUUUUGGUUCUAAAUAAUACUGGUCUGAGCUGGACUCAGGUUGAAAAACUUAGGCCCUCGUUACCUGCACUUGAGGAGUUGCAUUUGAUGGGAAACAUGAUAUCUUCCAUAACGUCAGCAUCAUCCUCAGAGGACCAAGCAUUUAAUUCUCUGCGGCUUCUCAACUUGGAGGAUAACUGUAUCUCCGAGUGGAGUGAAGUAUUAAAGCUAUCUCAACUUCCAUGCUUGGAGCACCUUUACCUGAACAAGAAUAAGCUUUCACGCAUCUUUAAUGACAAUGAAUCACCAAAGAAAAUCAGCGACCCGUUUCCAAGUCUGCGUUGUCUCCUUCUAGGAGCUAACAACAUUGGUGAUCUGGCCUCGAUAGACGCACUGAAUGUGUUUCCUAAGUUGGUGGACAUCAGGCUUUCGGAUAACCCAAUAACUGAUCUUGCUAGAGACGGUGUCCCUAGAUAUGUUCUCGUUGCACGGUUGACGAAAGUACAAGUGCUGAACGGGAGUGAGGUCAGAGCUCGUGAGAAGAAGGAAUCUGAGAUCCGGUAUGUCCGAAUGGUGAUGUCAAAGUUCAAUAACAAGCCCGAGGAGAUUGAGCUGCUUCACCCUAGGUUUAAUGAACUCAAGAAACUACACGGACUUGAUGAUGAAGUGGCAUCAGCUGAGAACACCCGCCCGAAGAAUAUAGCAUCUGGACUUAUCUCCAUUACUCUCAAAUGCGUUGGUCCAUCGAUGGGUGAGAAGCCUCCGUUGACAGACAAGCUACCAAGCAGUAUCACGGUUAAGAAGCUAAAGAGUUUAUGUGAGAACUUGUUCAAACUCGGGUCUAUCAAGCUAAGAUUAUUUCUUCAUGAAGAGGGCUCGCCGUUUCCUACACCAAUCGAUGACGAGACAUCGAGAUUACUUGACGCUGGAAUCUACGACGGCUGUACACUUCUCGUCGACGAAGAGAGCUAAGACCAUCACAUACACACUUUUCGCAAGUUACUUGAGACCACUUUUAAGUGUUUUUUUUUUCCGACAAAACACAACUGAUGGAAUAUGAUUAUGCAAUGUUUUAUAUAAAUUAAAGUAUUGAACUUGAGAGAAGAUCAAAAACAUAAUUUUAAGAGAGCUCAACGAUCUUGGCUCGUUUUCCACUA